GCUCGUACGUACGCUCGGUGUGCAUUCGCGAUCCUCCGACGAAGAUAGGAGCGCUGCCUCGCCGCGAUGCCCGAUGCUACCCGCGAGAUCCUGUUGCCUGGAAUAGCUACCGUCCUCUCGGACCAGUACGUCGACGUUCGGAACAAAAACGCUCGAACCAUCGAUGUUACCGUGGCAACGCUCCUAUCGACGACGGCUACCCUCGCGGAUCUCGAUUCCCGUUCUCUCCUCUGUACAUUUUUUAUCAUUCCGUACUCUUCUUGCCGCUUCGCGAUCGAAUCCGUUUCUUCCGCUGGCGUAUUUUUCGCGGCCUCGCGCAACAGACGUGACCGGCAUCGCGAGCGCGGGUCGUUCGUCCGAUAAAAAAUUUCGAUCCCGACUCACUCGAGAAACGCGAACGAACCCGAGAAACCGCGACCUACUCGGUGAACGAAUUCGGUCCUCCACGGACUUGGCGCCAGACCUUUCUCAAGUUCGAACACGAAGGCCCUUCUACUCGUUCUUUCUCUUUUCCUCUCCGAUUCACCGUCUCUCCCCUUUCGUACAGUUCUUCAUUACUUCUGCCAUUUCUGGUAGACCCCACCUUAUUCCUCUCUCUCUCUCUCUCUCUCCCUCUGUCUAUCUGUCUCCUUCUCUGUCUCGUUUAUCUCCCGUGCUACCGACCUUGGUGGAUCAUUCACAGACCGAAAUUGCUUGGACGCGUGUAGCCGACUAUUGCUGUACGACGACGCAGGUGGUCGGGCCUUUCCUCGAUUUCGUUAGCCAUGCGCAGUGACACUUGGCCUCCGUGUUAUUAUCGCGCGGGAGAUCUGUUCACGCGAGCUCUAAAAACCUAGUUUUUCCUACACCGACGUGUUCGCGUGACUGACUAGUUUCACUGUCAAGUACCUUUCACGCGAUCCUCUCGUCGUUUGUCGCGCAAAUUCAAGAUUCCAACAAAAACCGUACGUCGCGAUUGUCACUGGAUUUCGUUCAUCGCCUCGAUAACGACCGAUCCGAAGGUUCGCAGAAAACCUGCUACGUUCGCCGCACUUGCGACCACUUAACGACAGCUCGCGAAGAACCGCUCCGCUAUUAGAACGAGCCUGUUUCAGAACCGAGUAGCGACAUGGAGGCGACGGAGAGGGAGAAGCCGUUGGUUAAAGACUUGAACGAACAUAUCGUGUGUCCUCUCUGCAGAGGCUACCUGAUAGACGCAACGACGCUAGUGGAAUGCCUCCAUUCUUUUUGCAGAGGUUGCAUAGUGAGACGGCUGAGCAGCGGUGCCCGAGCGUGUCCCGUGUGCAAUGUCGCAACGUCUCCGCCGCUCUUGCCGGACGUGAAGCUACAACGCCUCGUGUACCUCGUGGUACCGGGCCUCUUCCGCUCGGAGCUCGAGCGAAGGCGUCACUUCCGGCUGGUGAACCCGCAGUGCCCGCCGCUGGCGCUACCGCUGGGCGCCUUGAACUUAACCUUGGACGAUUUUGUCAGCCUGAGCUUGUGCGAGCUCGACGAACCGGAAGAGGAGGAGCGCGCCCACGAGUCAGAAAGCCGUGCCGGGUCACGGCAUCGAACGAACGCCGAUCGAACGAAACAAGAGGAGGCGAUUCGGGUUAAGAGCACGCGAUACCUUAAGUGUCCGGCAGGAGUGACGGUACGACACCUGGUACGACUGCUGAUGCUGAAGAGAGGCUGGGAGGAGGCGAAUUCUCCGGAGAACGUCAACAAGAUCGAGAUACUGAGCGAGAAAGGCAAGAAAGAUCGACGCGACGCCGAGAAGAUGGUGGUUCUGGACCAGUCGUGGACUCUGCUAGACCUCGCAUGCAUAUUCGGAUGGAAGAGAGAAGCACCGAUGAAGCUGUUCUAUCGCGUGGUUAAGAAAGAGGACGUUAUCUCCGUAUCGAGAGUGAGUCCGUACAACGGGGAGGAUGCCGGAAACGGUAAGGACACGACCGGGACUAUGGAAAAUAUUCAGAGACCGCCGACGCCGCCGCCGAGCCCGAAACCCCCGCAGGAAUGCGAAGUCGAGGCUCGUAGGAUUUUAGAAAGUAGCACCGAGCCGCUUCGAUCUUUGGAAACCAACUUGGAACGUGACAAAGAGCCGAAGGUGAAGAAGCCCCGUUGCGAAGUGACUCCCGUGAUACGAACGCCCGACCUCGUACCGAUACAGACGAAUCAAGCACCGGAAGGAUCGAAGACCAAAGACCUGGCCAGGCUGGAACACCGUAAGCACAGGAAACGGCGGAACAAACGAGUGAUCGCCGAGAUCACCACGCCGCGGGAAGAUUUAUUGAAGUUGAAGUUCCGAUUGACCCCGUGCCCGCCGAGGAUCACGUCGAGCGCAGGCGGUACCCAAACGAAGGAGAAAUUGCUGCAGAUGAGGGCCGUCAGAAGGGAGAAGAUCAAAGCGACGACGAUAAGUCAGCAACGAUCGGCCGGCUUGGAAGGCGCUGCCACGAAGGAGAAUAUCGGAGAGACGGAAGAGACGAUAGAAGAAAUAAUCGACAGCAUCCCGGACGAGGUCGUUCGAAUCGCACAAAAUAUAACUGCUCCAGAAGAAAUUACUUCCACAGCACCGAGAGUCGAGCAAAGAGCCACAGCUUCCAGUUGCAGACCGUCGAAAAACGAAGAAACUGAGUCCGAGACUGUGAAAACGGUGGAGAAAAGUGGAUCGGAACGGCCGAAGAAGGACGAGGAAAUUCUUCGACGUUUGGGUUUGGUGUCUGUAGUCGAGGCCGGCGACAAGGCGAAACAGCGCGUUCAAGGUAACGGGGAUAAGGCCGAUAAUUUGGAUCGGGAGAAGCUCGAGAAACAAAUACGCGAGAGCAAAGCGAAUCGUAUGAGGAGUCUGCUGGCUGAGAAGCAGAUGCGCGACGCGUUGAAGAUAAUGUCGAAGACGAAGGAGGAUCAUUCGGCGCCCGCGCCACCGCCAGUGCAGCAGGUUAACAAUCCCCCGAAGAAGAAAGGUCCGCCACCGUUAGCGCCAUUGCGCGUCGCGAAGCCUUCCGGUUUCGCUACGUCAAGCGCCAUUUUGGAACCGAACAAUUCCAAGUACGAGAUCCCAUUGGACCUCAGUAGCGGUGGCACCAUACACGGUAAGAUCCUGGAUCUGUCCGCGAAUUUGUCGACUAGCAAUUUCUCCACGUCUCCAUCCUCGUCUUCUUCUUCGUCUCCUUCCUCCUCCUCGUCGUCCUCGUCCUCGUCCCCUUCGUCUUGCUCCGUGUCUCCGUUGAAUCCACGGACACCUAUCAUUUUAAGUAACUUGCUAAGAAUGAAGACGAAAGACUCCGAUCAAUGUUCUGUAUCUCCGUUGAACACGCGGGCAUCUGUCACUUCAAGUAGCUCGCCAAAAGGGAAGAUGAAAGACUCCGAUCAACGACGAAACCAAGAUUCCAAUCUAAUGACACUUUCUAACGCCGCUGUGUCCCUGCUAAGCGGAUGCGUCGCCAACAAGGAUUCGGUCGAUCCUCUGGUGCUCAGUUCGGCGAACCUCGCCAGCAAGGUGGCACUCAGAAUACCGCAACCUCAUCAGAGAAUCUCCGGUUUCGGUAUGAAAAUCAAACCGAACCUGAGCAUCAGGCACAUCCCCAAUCCCCAGGCUGUGGUCGCGUCGCAGUACAGAAAUCAAAGAGUCAACUACUUCAACACCGCCUCGCAGCAGCCACCGUAAACGGGGAGGCUACUCACUGACUAUACCUGACACCAAUUACCCGGCAUCCUACUCCAUUUUGUUCGCUACUUCCUAUUAUUACGCGUAAAUGAUGCGAAACGAGAUUCCUAUGCGACCAACCCAAAGGCUGUACGUUACCAUACAUUUUCUCCCGCUUCCUAAGUAUAUUCCUGUUUGGUGAAACGCGAAGAGUUUCGCGUGGGUACGAAGACACACGGUAGGUAAAAUAUAUCUAGCGAACGCAACUAAACUAGAUCGUCCUCUUGGAAGUGAACGCGAGGCAAUAUUUAACUAUGGUAAGGCUAAACGAAACGAAUACACUCUUAAAAAUGAACGAGUAGACAGUAUCUAUAGUAUGAGAAAUUGAUUAGCCACGAAUCGUGUGUCUCUUGCACUCGAGGAAAGAACAAUGAAAAUAUCGAUCCGUUGUUACCUAAAUAUCCUAAACGAUGUAUGUUUGUAAUGCAUGCAUGUGUGUCUAUGAUCAAUGAUUAAACGCAAGUUAUAUACUUCCGUUUCUGAUGGAUGGAUUUCUAAGGAGAGUCGAAAUUUUGGCAAACGGCUCUAUGCCCGUCAGAGGUGACGGGCGUUAAACGUAAUUCAACGUAUAGUUAGGAGUUACAAGGGCGGGUGACCGAUUAGAAACACGGUGGAUAGACUUCCACGUGUUGUCUAUUCCUUAUUAGAACACUGGAAGAUUAUAUACUUCUUAUAGAGAUGCCAAAGAACGCCAGAGAACGUGUGCAAUGUAUUAGUGCAAUUUAAUUAUCGUCUAUAAUAAUAUAAUUCAUAUAUUACGAGCGACUUAUUGCGGCGUAGGGCCGACUUAGUUUCGUGGUUUAAGGGUAGAUGCUAGUCGUUACGGCUAAGGGUAUGCGAAUCGGAUGGAUAUAAUUGCAAGUAAUAUCUAUCAAGAGAUGAAUAACCGCAAAGAGCUUUCUAAAAGCUUCUUUUUCGACGUUUGAUUCUCGAUAUAGAAGUGUACGCCGUUCAGUCGAGAAGCCGCUCCCAACGUAUUAAAGAGGGGGCUUUUAUUUCCUAAAAGUGUAAACUCAUAUCGCUGUUAUUGAUUUACGAAUAAUAUUUAUUAUCGUCGAAUUUAUUAUCGAGAAUUUCGGAGACACUGGAAAAUCUAAACUCGAAUGAGUGCGAACGAAAGCUUGAUACGACGAUUUUUAAUACUGUAUCGGACUUUGUAUAAUCGAAUAGAACUGAUAUCGUUGAUACAAGGAAAGUAAUAAACACGAACUUGAUUUAAAGGGUAUUUUAAAACGUUUAGCAGGAAUUCAGAUCCUACUCGAACGAUCAGAAUAAUCAAGCGUUAACGAUAUAAUACGCAUCGAUCGCGGGCGUACGCGUUGCUUACAAAAGCGUACGAUAAAUAGGCUGAGAGUCAUAUUGACGUUAUGGUAAAUUUAAACGUAUACAAUUUCUUAACUUCUAAAAAUAUCGUUUGCUAAACUAAUUAAACUCGUUUUCUAAACUACUAAUCUUAUUCCCUGUUUAGAAAAAUUUUAUGAGGACAGCCUACACCAUUAUGAUUCUCUACCUCAAUUAUUAGAAGAUGAGACAACGUGUGUACGUGAAAAUGCAAUUUUAAACAAUUGAUCGAAAUAAAGUUUGAGAUUGAAACAAAAAAAAAAAGAUGGGAUGAGCAAACGUUCACGAUACGAAAUCGGAUACUUAUAGUAUAUUUGAAUUCCUUGAAUGACGAAAUUUACGUCAAUUAGUUACACGGUUGCCUGUCGUUAACGACGUUAUAGCGGGAGAGGGGAAUCACGCGAUUUCGAUUAAGCUAAAAAUCAAAAACUGCCAGUUUAGGAAACGCGAGGGUUACGCUCGUUAGAAUUUACGGUGAAUUAAAUGGGACCCAGACUUUUUUACAUAUUAUUUUUCUACGGCCUUUUUAACCACGGAAUCGCAUUACGUUCUACAGUUACGAUCGGUCAUAAUUUACCCGUUGAUCCGCCGAUUGUAGGAUCAUAUCCAAGUUAAACAGACUGCGUAGCAAGAUAAUGUUCAUUCGGGUCGAUGAUUUGCGACACGAUAGAUAGAAUAGUUACAAAGACUGCGAAGGUUUUAAUAUCCGAUUUGUUUCAAGAGCGAAUAGCUGCCACGUAACCAAUUGUCUGAAACAACGUUCGUUGCGUACUUCCUUGUUAACGACGCCAAUAAUAUCGCCGACAUAAAUCGUAUCUGAAACUAGAAUUCGAAAAGACUUUAACGCGCAGGUAUGCCCUUAGGUAGGUAAUAGGUAGGCGCCUGCCUACCCUUCGAUACCUUGCGUCGUAACGAGGGAUCAAGAAUUCUUCUACGACCUUGAAUAUCCCGAGUUUUCUUGAAUUGUGUCCAAGUAAAUGACGUAUCCUAUAAGCGUAGUGCCGAGAGUGAAAAAAAAAGGCUAAAAAUUGUCGUUAAAGCGAUCCGACAAAAAAUCGCAGUCCUAAUAGUCCGGGAGAUUUCUUAAAUACAUUUCUUAAAUACAUUUACGCAAACUUCACUUUCUGGUAUGAGUUAUCCGUGUGACAUAUAAUAGUAAUAUGAUCAUCUUUUCCAAUUGAUCCACAGGCCAGGGGAUUACAGAAGGUUACUACUGUACUAAUACUUCUUUGUAUAGUAAAAAACACAAAAAUAGUAGUCUUCCAUCUGUAAGAUAGGACAAAGGUCAUCUUCCAAGCCUAGAAAGUUACGCUCCGCAUACGGUCAUCACAUGGCGUACAAUUUAUACCUGAGGAAAUGUAUUCGUUCAGCGUCUCUGCAAGUAGUUAGUAGCAUCCUUGCUGUCUGCAUGAAAAGUCUGUUUCGGGAUAAGUGAUUUGUAAAACGGGUAGGGACCAACUCGAACCAGAUGCCGGAACUUAUUUUAUUAUUUUUUCUUUUUACCGUUUUGAGAUGAAGUUUAAAGAGAAUGAGUAAGUUCGAGUUGUUAGUUUCGUUCGUCAUGGGUUCGGAUCCAUCUGCGAUGCAUGCUACUAGUCAAGUACAAUAAUCAGAGAAAAGGGAAAAAGUACUCAGAUUUUUUUUGCGCUUACUUAUGUGAGCGGAAAACGACCUCUGUUCCAUUUUGUACAUGGAAGACUAUUAUUUUUGUGUUUGUUACUAUACAAAAAAGCAUUGUAAUCAAUUUCAUCCAUGCGGGUAUAAAUUUUUUUCGUUAAUUUUUUGCUGUACUUGUAACCCUUCUGUGACCCCCUGCCCAGCUCAGCUGGAAAAGACGGUCAUAUUACUUACACGGAUAAUUCAUACAAAAAAAGUGAAGCUUGCGAAAAUAGUCCCGAAAUUUCUUUCGCUACCUCCCGGACUAUGAGACCGAACUGUACUCGACUGUUUUUAAACUUUUUAACAAAGUCACGUUGUUUUCGUUGCGGAGCCUAUUAUUAACGUAGUUAUGACGUGAAUUUCUGUUUAAAAAUUUUAGAACCGUAGUGAAUGAUAGGACAAAAUACGUUAUGGUCUGAAAGCACUUCGGUCCGUGGUAUAGAAUGUAACUAAUUAGACAGUUACUAUGAUCAUGGCCAUGAAUAGUAAAUAUGUAACGCAAUACAGUAUUCCCGCGGUAAACAAGCUGUGAGUUGUAAUCGAAUUAAGGAUAUCAAUAGUCACUAAGGAUACAGUUAUUAAAACACUAAAAACUAUUCGUGUUCUAUGUUAUGUAUAUUUUAAUUUCGUUCUACGUUAUCCUCUUACUGGAUCAUGGAACGGACCUAAAACAGCCAAUAUUUUAUUAGCGCAUUACCUACGAUUCGAUUAACUCUAGAAUCAUCAGUAAACAAGGUAUUAUUAUACUAGAUAUUUGUAUCAAACAAAUUUUUUGAUCAUCGUCAUUGCUAAAUGUGCAUUGCAUAAAAUUAUUCCAUGUGAAAUUAGGAACCGGUAGUUUCGACUGUUUCGCUGGUUCUUGACAAACGAUACGACGAGCAAAAGGAUUGCGCGUCGUAUACAAUGUGACUGAAUCAAAAUCGACAAAAGAUUGAAGUUACCGUAGAUUAAGUCGCAAGAUGACCCGAGCUAUAAAUACGUAUUCCAUACAUACAUAAUAUUGCUAUACUACAUACGUACGUACAUGUAUUUACACAGUACCAUUGAUCGUUCGAGUAUCUAAUUAUCCAUGUCAUUAUCGCAUGGUUCUCUUUGUUUGAAAACUACCGUGUCAUCGCUUCUCGUCGGCGAUUAAUUAAUCGAAAAUGUUUGUUAUCGCUAAUUAAUGCGAUUAAUCCAAUGUUUUGUUAAUAUUGUUUUUUCCAGAAUCAUGUUACACCAAGUGUAUGUUCAUUGCUCGUCAAUAAAUCAUGAUAUGUAUAAUCAGAAA